AUGCUGUCGGAGAAUCUCAAUAUUCAUCCUUUAACAUUUGGCUCGCAAACCGAUGACGUGGUGGCAUACGAAAUGGAGGUGACCAACAGCAGCGAGCCCAUCGGCGACGCACUGCCAACUACCGGCAACGUCACAUUAACUGCCGAAACACUCCACACGGAUCCCGAUGGCGGCAUCAAUCCUAUACACGUUCAGGUGGUACAAAUGGAAGGUACGACCAUCCACGAAGAAGAAGGCCAUGAACCGUAUUUUGAAAAGCAUUCCAGCAAUGUAUCGGCCGAAGCCGUCACCAGCGGCGGGAUUGCCACUGUCCAUCCAACACCGUAUUCGACAGUGUGGCCGUUAACGGUGUCGCUGCUCAUGGGCAGCUUGACUUACCUGGCGACAACAUCGCCGUCAACGGAAAGCUCGACCACCGAAAAAAAGACCACGGUUACGUCGACGUCGGACAAUGUGACGCACGUUCCAGCAACAACGUUACCUGUUAUCACAGAUUUAGAGACCAGCUCCUCCUCCCCAAUCGAAACGACUGCUGCCACUAUAUCAUUGGCCGAAAAUCAUACAGUAACCGAAACUGUUCUAACGACACCGAGCCUUCCCGAUGUACAUACUUCCAUUGAUUUUGUUCCUGUAACGGAAACAACUAUCUCCUCUGAGACUGUUGCACCAACUGCUUUGUCCGAAAAUGAACAGUUUGGCAAAGUCAAAGAUUUCGACGAACUGGAGAUUGUGGAGCUUUCGACGGUUGCCGGUCCGUCAGCAGUCACUGACUCCAGCGCGUAUGACAUUGUGCAGAUCGUGUACGCUACUCAACCUGAAACCCCGGUUACUGAACCGGUGCUUAUUAAAGAAUCCGUGACAACCGGCGCUCCAACAGGAACCACACUUGUUAGUACUAUCACGACCGGCACCUCCGAACCCUCGCAGACAACAGGAUCUACGACAACUGACACCACAAGAGCAGGAACAGACCAUCCGAGCCCAGAAAUGACUGGCCCACAUUUGCUGAAUAACCUGAACGGAACUGUACUGACUACCAGCAUUCCACCGGAAACAAUUCUGCCGGAAAUCUCAGCUGCAACACACAGCACUGACGCGGUAGUGGAAUCUAGCGCAGUUACGGAUUCACCGGCCACGACAGCCCAUGGCCAGAAGGUCAGCGAUUCGCAAUCCAGUUCGCCCACACCUUUUUUCACUGCAGAUCGUGUCGCUUUCGUUCAUUAUGAUGUACCACUUGGAACCGGACUGACGGCGAGCUCCAUUCACGAUAGUUCAUUCCUGGACAAACUGAACUGGACCAUCUACCAGGUAGCCCGCGAGCGGCUUCAGGAGCGCAGCGAAACCAACGGGACCACUGCCGCUUUGACGACAUCUGUAGAGCUGACCGGUCUGUCAAUCUCCAACCAAUCUAUGCAACCAACUAUUACCGUGUACGCCUUAGCCAAUCAAACCGCCGUCUUCACUCCAUCGGAGUUCCGCGUCAUAAUUCAAGCUGCGCUGCACUUGCUGGACGCCCACAAUGCGGCUACGUUGUAUGCAGGAUAUAUUCCGCAUUCCCCGGGUAUAAUUAUGUUCAUAGCGGCACUCUGCGUUAUCGUCGUAAUACUUUUGGGGAUUGUAAUCAUCCUAGCUAGAAGUUCCCAUUCACGGUAUCGGUUGGAUAGUCCUUUCUCCGACGGACCCCCUUCGACUUCGCACAACUGCAGCCUGAUGGUAUCGGCCUUCGACAAUCCCAUGUUUCAGGACAGUAGUUCCGAACUGUGUCCGGCUGACGAUAUCGUUUCCCUGCAACCUUCCACAUGCGCGGUGACGGACAAUGCCGCGUCCAGUGAACGUGUAUACAGUACCGUCCGCUCUUCGGAUCUGUCGCACAGAUCAGGAAGUCAUCCGUCCAUUGCACGCAUCCGGACGACCAGCACAUUUAAGCAGCUUACUAAUGGCGGGACUUUGUAA